AUGUUCACCUUGAUUUUACCCUUAUUGUUCCUGGACAUUCCAUUUCUUGUGGCUGAUUUUAUUUAUCCCAGGUGCUUUUGGAGUAUGAAGCAGAAUGAAUAUGAGAGUAGAAACCUGGAAAGAGGUUGUAUCUUCUUUAUUAAAGUAGUAAAAUGGCCUGUGGAGAAAGAAUAUUUCAGUCAUAUUCUGGACAUACAACCACAUACUGAAAACGAAAAAUAUACUCUGGCCUUGGCUUUUUCCAUGAAUGAUAUCAACAGCAACCCUGAUCUUUUGCCAAAUAUGUCUCUAGUAUUUAAAUUCUCAGAAUACAAUUGUAAUUGGAAAUCCCUAUUCAAAGCUAUACAUUUGUCAUUACAAAAUCAUGAAGUUCUCCCUAAUUAUAACUGUAUAAAAGACAUAAAUUGUGGAGUGGCACUUACAGGACUAAAUUGGUCAGCAACAGUUACAUUUCAUAUAAUUUCAAAGAAGUUCUUAUUUCAGCAGUUCCUUCAUUUUACUUAUGGAUCCUUUCAUCCUGUUCUGAGUGAUCAUGAAAAUUUUUCUUAUUUAUAUCAGAUGGCGUCAGAGGAUACAUCUCUAGCCGUUGCCCUGGUCUCUUUCAUAACUUAUUUCAGGUGGAACUGGGUAGGGUUGGCCAUCUCAGACAAUGAUAAAGGUAUCCAAUUUCUUUCCUAUUUGAGCAGAGAAAUGGAAAAAAAUACAGUCUGCUUUGCUUUUGUCAGCAUGAUACCAGUCAAUAUGCAUUUAGACAUGACAAGAGCUGAAGUGCAUUACAAUCAAAUCAUGACAUCAUCCACAAAUGUUGUCAUCAUUUAUGGUGACACAGACAGUACUUUAGCUGUGACCUUUAGAAUGUGGGAAUCUCUAGGUAUACAGAGACUAUGGAUCACCACCUCACAGUGGGAUGUCACUCCUAGUAAGAAAGACUUGACAUUUGAUAACAUAUGGGGGACUCUUGCUUUUGGACAAAACCAUGGUGAAAUUUCUGGUUUUAAAAAUUUUGUCCAGACAUUGAAACCUUUCAAAUACUCAGAUGAAUAUCUGAUGAAGAUGGAAUGGAUGUACUUUAAUUGUAAUGUCUCAGCAUCUAUAUGUAAGACACUGAAGAACUAUUCAUCCCAUCACUCAUUGGAAUGGUUUAUUGAACAUUCUUUUGACAUGGCCUUUAUUGAAGGGAGUUAUGACAUAUACAAUGCUGUGUAUGCUUUUGCCCUUGCCCUCCAUCAAGUGACUUUUCAAAAGGUUGAUAAUAUUCCUACUGGCAAUGGGAAAGAACAAAAUUAUGACUGCAAAAAGCUGUGUUCCUCUCUGAGAAACACCUACUUCACUAAUCCUGUUGGGGACAGAGUGAAUAUGAACCAAAGAGACAAACUGCAAGGAAACUAUGACAUUUUCUACAUUUGGAAUUUUCCACAGGGACUUGGACUUAAAGUGAAAAUAGGAAUGUUUAGUCCCUAUUUUCCAAAUGGUCAACAGCUACAUUUAUCUGAAGAUAUGAUAGAGUGGGCAACAGGAAGCACACAGUUGCCAACCUCUGUGUGCAGUGCUGAUUGUGGUCCUGGAUUUAGAAAAUUCAGGAAGAAUAGAAUGUCAGCUUGCUGUUUUGAUUGUAGUCCCUGCCCAGAAAAUGAAAUUUCUAAUGAGACAAAUGUGGAUUUGUGUGUACAGUGUCCAGAGAACCAAUAUGCUAACACGGAGCAGAAUCACUGCAUUCACAAAGCUCUUACUUUUCUCACUUAUGAAGACCCCUUGGGGAUGGCACUUUCUUUAAUUGCCUUGUGCUUCUCUGCUUUCACUGCUGUGGUUCUUGGCAUCUUUGUGAAGCACCAUGCUACUCCCAUAGUUAAAGCCAAUAAUUGCUCUCUCACCUAUAUCUUGCUCAUCUCACUCAUCUUUUGUUUCCUCUGCCCCUUGCUUUAUAUUGGCCACCCGAACUCGACCACCUGCAUCCUACAGCAAAUCACAUUUGGAGUUGUAUUCACAGUAGCUAUUUCCACUGUAUUGGCCAAAACAAUUACUGUGGUACUCGCAUUCAAAGUCACAGCCUCUCCGAGAAUGAAGUACUUUCUUGUUUCAAGGACAUCUAACUACAUCGUUCCCAUUUGUACUCUCAUCCAAGUUGUGAUAUGUGCAGUCUGGCUAGGAGCUUCUCCUCCUUCUGUUGAUACUGAUGCACAAUAUGAGCAUGGCCACAUCAUCGUUGUUUGCAACAAGGGUUCAAACACUGCCUUUUACUGUGUCCUGGCAUACCUGGCCUGCCUGGCCUUUGCAAGUUUCAUUCUCGCUUUCUUUUCCAGAAACCUACCUGGUGCCUUCAAUGAAGCCAAGUCCAUAACAUUCAGCAUGAUGGUGUUCUGCAGUGUCUGGGUCACUUUCCUCCCUGUCUACCACAGCACCAAAGGCAAGAUCAUGGUGGCUGUGGAGAUCUUCUCCACAUUGGCUUCUAGUGCAGGGAUGCUGGGCUGCAUCUUUGUUCCCAAAUGUUACACAAUACUGUUUAGACCAGACAGAAAUUGUCUUCAAAAGAUCAGGAAGAAAUCAUCUUCCCCUACUCACUGUUCAUAA